AUGGUGACGAAUGAUCAUUUGCAACACAUCAUGGCUCGAAACGCUGAAAAUGACAGUCAAAUGCAACUGGUCUCGAUGGAAGAUAGUAAUGCUUCCUGUACUGUUACACCAACAAGCGUAUCUCCUCGGCUAUCAACGGUUUUAUCUAUGCAACAUAUUGAAAUUAACGAUAUUCAUUUUGCGCCACGAAUGACUUACAAAACAGCUAGUGGCAAACCACUCUUACAGUGGUGGCGACGGCGGACAUCACUUGAACAAUUUUUCGUUUUGCUUACAUUUCUUAUGACCGCAGCUAUUAUUAUACUGUUGGCAUUAUUCCUACAUUUAAAUGAUGAUAUUGCUAAUUCGAAGAAGAAAAUUUUUGGUAAUAAUGACAACAAUAUGAUAGCUUAUGACGAUGUUGAAAAACGGGUAUGCUUAACAAAAGGUUGCAUUCAAGCUGCAAAUAACCUCCUAAUGGCAAUGAAUUUAUCGGCUGAUCCAUGUGACAAUUUUUUUGAAUACGCAUGUGGCCAAUGGAAUCGCGAUCAUAUGAUACCAGACGAUAUGUUUGCUUAUGGUACCUUCGCAUCUGUCAGAGAAAAUGUCCGUCAGCAGAUGAGAGUAUUGUUGGAGUCAGAUGUAUCACCAGAAUCCAGAUCGAUUAAAAUGACGCGUAUUGCUUAUCAGACAUGUAUGAAUACCAGCAAGCUUGAAUCAGUCAAAUCAUCACAGUUUUUGUCGUCACUUCGUCAAUUAGCUAAGUGGCCAUUAUUGAAUGAUAACAAUGAGUGGGAUGAUAAUUCAUUUGAUCUUACUUAUAUCUUGGCUUCAUCUCGUCGAUAUUUUGGAAAUGAAAUUUUUUUUCAAAUUUAUGUUUAUGCGGAUGCUAAAAAUACAACAAGGAAUAUUUUAUAUUUAGACCAGGGAGCGCUUGGUUUAGGUCGUGGCUCGCGUGAUUAUUAUUUGAAUACAACCAUGUUUGCUAAACACUUGAAUGCUUACAAGAAGUAUCAACUCAAUGUUAUCAAAUUACUAUUGGAUGAUGCUAAUGUUAUCUAUAACUUAUCACAACUAAUCACUGAUCUCAAUAAUAUUAUCAAUUUUGAAACCAAAUUUGCUGAAAUUAUAGUACCAGAAGAUGACCGACGUAACAGUACACGGUUAUAUAACGGCAAAACAAUUUUAGACUUAUACACAUUGCUUCCAGAGGUGGAAUGGCUAACUUUCUUCUAUCAAAUAUCACCAAAAUCAAUUCACAGUUCUAUUAAUAAUAAUACGCAAAUAAUUGUCGGUGAAGUUGAUUACAUGUAUAAUAUUGCAACACUUAUCAAUAAAAACAGCAAUCAAUUGCUGGCAAAUUAUAUUUUCUGGCGAAUUGUACACUCUUGGGUUAAAAUAUUAGAUGGGCGAUAUGAAGAUAUCAAACAGGUUUUUCUACGGGUAAUGACAGGUCAACAAACCAAAUCACCACGUUGGAAAGAAUGUGCCCAAGGGGCGAUAAAUUUACUGCCACUAGCUGGUGGGGCACUUUAUGUUCGAGAACAUUUUAAUUCUACCGAUAAGAAGGAAGCAUUGAAAAUGAUUGCAAACCUUCAAGAAGCAUUCAAAGAACUCGUCCAUGAAAGUGAUUGGAUGGAUGAGGAAACGAAGAAAGUUGCAAUUGAGAAGGCAGUAAGAAUGAUUAACAAUAUUGGAUAUCCUGAUUUCAUUAAUAACUAUACGGCACUCGAUAAACAUUAUGAAAAAUUAAAUUUCACUGCUGAGGAUUCAUAUUUCGAAUUGCUGCGGAAAAUACUUAUAUGGUCACAAGAAAAAGAAUUUUUACGAAUGAAAGAACCAUUUGACAAGAAUGAAUUCGAAGUUAGUCCAGCAGUUGUCAACGCGUUCUAUUCACCGGAAAAAAAUGCCUUAACAUUCCCUGCAGGAAUUCUCAAGCCACCAUUCUUUAGCGGUGCUUAUCCAAAAAUGGUAAAUUAUGGUGCAAUAGGUGCAGUAAUAGGACAUGAAGUUACACAUGGAUUCGAUGAUCAAGGAAGUCAGUAUGAUAAAGAAGGUAAUCUACUGAAUUGGUGGAAUGCGGAUUCAUAUAAUGGAUUUGCUAAACGGAAAGAAUGCAUUAUUGAUCAGUACAGCUCAUAUGUUGUACCAAAUACGGAUUAUAAGGUUAAUGGUAAACUUACGCAAGGUGAAAACAUAGCUGAUAAUGGUGGCGUAAAAGAAGCUUAUAGGGCAUAUAGGAAAUACGUGAAUCAGUUGGGGCACGAAGAACCGCACUUGCCAGGCUUUCAAAAUUUCUCCAAUGAUCAAGUGUUCUUCCUGUCUUACGCUCACUUUUGGUGUGGCCAUAAGAAGGAAGCAGCAGCAUUGCAACAAGUGCUUAUUGAUGAGCAUAGUCCUGAGGUAUUCCGAGUCAUUGGAGUAUUGUCAAAUUUACCCGAAUUCAGUAAAGCGUACAGCUGUCCGCAGGGUAGCCAAUUAAAUCCAUUAAAGCGUUGCACGGUUUGGUAA